AUGUCUAGAAACAACACUCUGCACUUUCAAUGGCUAGAACUCUAUAGAGUUAAGUCCAUCAAUCAAGAACUAGAUUUCUAUCAUCUUGAAAAGUUAGACAGCACUGAAAUCAAAGAAUCUAUUGCAGAAAGCAGAUUAAAGAAGUACCUUAUGAGAUCUGAAAUGAAGCAGCUUAGUGAUAGUCCAGCAGAUUCAGAUAAAGAGAUGGAGAAUGUUUCUCAAAAAUAUGCCACAAGAAGCCAGUCUAAUAUUCUCUCUAGUAGUUUCUUGAAUAUUAGCUUCUUGAAUAGAGGGGAUGACCAAGAUCAGAGUGAGAGCAAAAAUGAAAAUGAUCAAGAAGAAAUGAAGCAAAUAUAA